AAUAUAAUGUCCAAAAGUGAUGUUUUAGUUUGAUCCAGCUGCCAUAGCAAAACAACAUAAACAGCAGAAGUUUAUUUCUCUCACUUCUUGAGGCUGGGAGGUCCCAGAUGAAGCAGCAGCAGACUCAAUGUUUGGGGAGGGCCUGGUUCCUGUUCAUAGGCCGAUGCCUUCUUGAUUAAGUCUCACGCGGUGGAAGGACCUAGCUGACUCUCUGGGAUCUCUUUUAUAAGAGCACAAAUCCCAUUUUACUCUCAUGAAGUCAUGAAGUCACCUCCUAAAGGCCCCACGUCCUAAUACCAUCACCUUGGGAGUUAGGAUUUUAUCCUGUGAAUUUGGGGGUAGGAACACACACAUUUAGACCGCAGCAGGUGACAUUAGGUUAAGUGGAGGAGGCAGGGUUAGAACAGUGAUUGCAAAACCUCUUAGAAUUUAAGACCCCUUUCCUUCCAAGGCCUGAAAGGCAGACAGGCGUUGGAGAUACAAGUGAAUAUAAAAGGGGCAGAGCUCCUCCCUUGAGCAUGCAUUACAUGCCCAGUCGCUAGAAUUCAAGUCAACCAAGACCUCACACACCCAGGCCGUCCCAUGUUCUCUGGCUCGCCUCUUCUGGUAGCUUAGAAGUGGCAGCCUCAGGGAGACUUCUGUUUGGUACGACUUAGAAGGAAGCAAGUGGGAAAUGUAGAUGUCUUUGCUUUUAGGAUUCUGGCUCCCUGAGAUCAGAGGAGUGGGUUCCCGUACGGGGGUGGCGAAGCACAGGGAGAAGCAUUGGAGCAGACUCUGUGCGUGUGUGUGUAUGUGUGUGUGUGUGUGUGUCGGCGCGCCUGUGCGUGGAGGGGGAUAGCUGUACCCAGCGCGAGGCACUGGGGGAGGAGGAAGCGGUAGCAGAGAUCUGAAUAAUUGAUUCUUCAGCCGCACCAGACGCCCGGGAGCGGGCGGAGAGCGUGGUUCCAACACCACGGACAGCAGCGCGCGCCGCCGCAGGCGCCCCCGUCGCCAGCCAGCCACCUAUCCUGGCCUUAUUUGCCGCCGUGCGCUCUCGGAACGGGUGGCCGCGCUCCGCGUCGCCGCCGAGGAACUGCGGGGUCUGUCUCGACCCACCUAGGAGAGAGGCUGCGGGCAGGAGACGCUUUCGCCCGCCGGAGCUUGAAGCUUCUUGGGCUUGCGCGGGGGCUACUGCGUCUCGCCGGCUGAGAACAAGUCCCUAAGUUGGUGUGGAGGGCGCCCCUACCUUCCUUCUCCUCUUCCUCGGAGGCCACCGCAGCAGAAACACGCCCCGGGAACCCAGCUUUGCCAGUGCUGUGAACCAGGGUGUCCAGGCGCUCUCCGGACUCCCGCUGGGAAGUGGGGAGCCGAACGCCCGGCGCGGAGCUGGCCCAGCAGCGAAGGGCCCAGAGGGAGCUGCCUUUCCCCACCCGCGCCUCUCUCGGCCGGGGACCGCGGGGAUCCCCGGCCACACGCGCGCGCGCUCCCACACUCACACACACACACACACACACACACACACACUCGCCCUCAAACACACCAGCCCGGAGCUGGGCUGCGGAGAGGGUGCUCCGGCGCGCUCAGAGGACCAGGCAGUUGCCGUCCGGAGUGGGGCAGGAAGCGGAGCUAGGGAUCUUGGAGGGGAGCUCCUAGGGCUUGGCCGGAUCAUGGGACCGGGUGAGCACUGAGAAUCGCGGCCGCAGCCAUCAGCCCUGGAGAUGACCAGGAGCGGCCACUGCUGAGAACUAUGUGGAGAGAGGCUGCGAGCCCUGCUGCAGAGCCUCCGGCUGGGAUAGCCGCCCCCCGUGGGGGCGAUGCGGACAGCGCGGGACAGCCAGGGGAGCGUGCGGGGGCCGCAGCAUGCGGGAACCCGCUAAACCCGGUGGCUGCUGAGGCGGCCGAGAUGCUCGUGCGCGCAGCGCGCCCCACUGCAUCCUCGACCUUCUCGGGCUACAGGGAGCGUCAGUGGCGACUAUGGGCAGAGUGGGCUAUUGGACCCUGCUGGUGCUGCCGGCCCUUCUGGUCUGGCGCGGUCCGGCGCCGAGCGCGGCGGCGGAGAAGGGUUCCCCCGCGCUGAAUAUUGCGGUGAUGCUGGGUCACAGCCACGACGUGACAGAGCGCGAACUUCGAACCCUGUGGGGCCCCGAGCAGGCGGCGGGGCUGUCCCUGGACGUGAACGUGGUAGCUCUGCUGAUGAACCGCACCGACCCCAAGAGCCUCAUCACGCACGUGUGCGACCUCAUGUCCGGGGCACGCAUCCACGGCCUCGUGUUUGGGGACGACACGGACCAGGAGGCCGUAGCCCAGAUGCUGGAUUUUAUCUCCUCCCACACCUUCAUCCCCAUCUUGGGCAUUCAUGGGGGCGCAUCUAUGAUCAUGGCUGACAAGGAUCCGACGUCUACCUUCUUCCAGUUUGGAGCGUCCAUCCAGCAGCAAGCCACGGUCAUGCUGAAGAUCAUGCAGGAUUAUGACUGGCAUGUCUUCACCCUGGUGACCACCAUCUUCCCUGGCUACAGGGACUUCAUCAGCUUCGUCAAGACCACAGUGGACAACAGCUUUGUGGGCUGGGACAUGCAGAAUGUGAUCACACUGGACACUUCCUUUGAGGAUGCAAAGACACAAGUCCAGUUGAAGAAGAUCCACUCUUCUGUCAUCUUGCUCUACUGUUCCAAAGACGAGGCUGUUCUCAUUCUGAGUGAGGCCCGCUCCCUUGGUCUGACCGGGUAUGAUUUCUUCUGGAUUGUCCCCAGCUUGGUCUCUGGGAACACGGAGCUCAUCCCCAAAGAGUUUCCAUCGGGACUCAUUUCUGUCUCCUAUGAUGACUGGGAUUACACCCUGGAGGCGAGAGUGAGGGACGGCAUUGGCAUCCUAACCACCGCUGCAUCUUCUAUGCUGGAGAAGUUCUCCUACAUCCCUGAGGCCAAGGCCAGCUGCUAUGGGCAGAUGGAGAGGCCAGAGGUCCCGAUGCACACCUUGCACCCAUUUAUGGUCAACGUUACAUGGGAUGGCAAAGACUUAUCCUUCACUGAGGAAGGCUACCAGGUGCACCCCAGGCUGGUGGUGAUUGUGCUGAACAAAGACCGGGAAUGGGAAAAGGUGGGCAAGUGGGAGAACCAUACGCUGAGCCUGAGGCACGCCGUGUGGCCCAGGUACAAGUCCUUCUCCGACUGUGAGCCGGAUGACAACCAUCUCAGCAUCGUCACCCUGGAGGAGGCCCCAUUCGUCAUCGUGGAAGACAUAGACCCCCUGACAGAGACGUGUGUGAGGAACACCGUUCCAUGUCGGAAGUUCGUCAAAAUCAACAAUUCAACCAAUGAGGGCAUGAACGUGAAGAAAUGCUGCAAGGGGUUCUGCAUUGAUAUUCUGAAGAAGCUUUCCAGAACUGUGAAGUUUACUUAUGACCUCUACCUGGUGACCAAUGGGAAGCAUGGCAAGAAAGUUAACAACGUGUGGAAUGGAAUGAUCGGUGAAGUGGUCUAUCAACGGGCAGUCAUGGCGGUUGGCUCACUCACCAUCAAUGAGGAACGUUCUGAAGUGGUGGACUUCUCUGUGCCCUUUGUGGAAACGGGAAUCAGUGUCAUGGUUUCAAGAAGUAAUGGCACCGUCUCACCUUCUGCUUUUCUAGAACCAUUCAGCGCCUCUGUCUGGGUGAUGAUGUUUGUGAUGCUGCUCAUUGUUUCUGCCAUAGCUGUUUUUGUCUUUGAAUACUUCAGCCCUGUUGGAUACAACAGAAACUUAGCCAAAGGGAAAGCACCCCAUGGGCCUUCUUUUACAAUUGGAAAAGCUAUAUGGCUUCUUUGGGGCCUGGUGUUCAAUAACUCCGUGCCAGUCCAGAAUCCUAAAGGGACCACCAGCAAGAUCAUGGUAUCCGUAUGGGCCUUCUUCGCUGUCAUAUUCCUGGCUAGCUACACAGCCAAUCUGGCUGCCUUCAUGAUCCAAGAGGAAUUUGUGGACCAAGUGACUGGCCUCAGUGACAAAAAGUUUCAGAGACCUCAUGACUAUUCCCCACCUUUUCGAUUUGGGACAGUGCCUAAUGGAAGCACGGAGAGAAACAUUCGGAAUAACUAUCCCUACAUGCAUCAGUACAUGACCAAAUUUAAUCAGAAGGGAGUAGAGGACGCCUUGGUCAGCCUGAAAACAGGGAAGCUGGACGCUUUCAUCUACGAUGCCGCAGUCUUGAAUUACAAAGCUGGGAGGGAUGAAGGCUGCAAGCUGGUGACCAUCGGGAGUGGGUACAUCUUUGCCACCACUGGUUAUGGAAUUGCCCUUCAGAAAGGCUCUCCUUGGAAGAGGCAGAUCGACCUGGCCUUGCUUCAGUUUGUGGGUGAUGGUGAGAUGGAGGAGCUGGAAACCCUGUGGCUCACCGGGAUCUGCCACAACGAGAAGAACGAGGUGAUGAGCAGCCAGCUGGACAUUGACAACAUGGCAGGCGUGUUCUACAUGCUGGCCGCGGCCAUGGCCCUUAGCCUCAUCACCUUCAUCUGGGAGCACCUCUUCUACUGGAAGCUGCGCUUCUGUUUCACGGGCGUGUGCUCUGACCGGCCUGGGUUGCUGUUCUCCAUCAGCAGGGGCAUCUACAGCUGCAUUCAUGGAGUGCACAUUGAAGAAAAGAAGAAGUCUCCAGACUUCAAUCUGACGGGAUCCCAGAGCAACAUGUUAAAACUCCUCCGGUCAGCCAAAAACAUUUCCAACAUGUCCAACGUGAACUCCUCAAGAAUGGACUCACCCAAAAGAGCUGCUGACUUCAUCCAAAGAGGUUCCCUCAUCAUGGACAUGGUUUCAGAUAAGGGGAAUUUGAUGUACUCAGACAACAGGUCCUUUCAGGGGAAAGAGAGCGUUUUUGGAGACAACAUGAAUGAACUCCAAACGUUUGUGGCCAACCGGCACAAGGAUAACCUCAAUAACUAUGUAUUCCAGGGACAACAUCCCCUUACUCUCAAUGAGUCCAACCCUAACACGGUGGAGGUGGCCGUGAGCACAGAAUCCAAAGUGAACUCUAGACCCCGGCAGCUUUGGAAGAAAUCCAUGGAUUCCAUACGCCAGGAUUCACUAUCCCAGAAUCCAGUCUCCCAGAGGGAUGAGGGAACAGCAGAGAAUAGGACCCACUCCCUAAAGAGCCCUAGGUAUCUUCCAGAAGAGAUGGCCCAUUCUGACAUUUCAGAAACGUCAAAUCGGGCCACGUGCCACAGGGAACCUGACAACAGUAAGAACCACAAAACCAAGGACAACUUUAAAAGGUCAGUGGCCUCCAAAUACCCGAAGGACUGUAGCGAGGUCGAGCGCACCUACCUGAAAACCAAAUCAAGCUCCCCCAGAGACAAGAUCUACACUAUUGAUGGUGAGAAGGAGCCUGGUUUCCACUUAGAUCCGCCCCAGUUUGUUGAAAACGUGACCCUGCCUGAGAACGUGGACUUCCCAGACCCCUACCAGGAUCCCAGUGAAAACUUCCGCAAGGGGGACUCCACGCUGCCAAUGAACCGGAACCCCUUGCAUAAUGAAGAGGGGCUUUCCAACAACGAGCAGUAUAAACUUUACUCCAAGCACUUCACCUUGAAGGACAAGGGUUCUCCGCACAGUGAGACCAGCGAGCGAUACCGGCAGAACUCCACGCACUGCAGAAGCUGCCUUUCCAACCUGCCCACCUAUUCAGGCCACUUCACCAUGAGGUCCCCCUUCAAGUGCGAUGCCUGCCUGCGGAUGGGGAACCUUUAUGACAUCGAUGAAGACCAGAUGCUUCAGGAGACAGGUAACCCAGCCACCGGGGAGCAGGUCUACCAGCAGGACUGGGCACAGAACAAUGCCCUUCAAUUACAAAAGAACAAGCUAAGGAUUAGCCGUCAGCAUUCCUACGAUAACAUUGUCGACAAACCUAGGGAGCUAGACCUUAGCAGGCCCUCCCGGAGCAUAAGCCUCAAGGACAGGGAACGGCUUCUGGAGGGAAAUUUUUACGGCAGCCUGUUUAGUGUCCCCUCAAGCAAACUCUCGGGGAAAAAAAGCUCCCUUUUCCCCCAAGGUCUGGAGGACAGCAAGAGGAGCAAGUCUCUCUUGCCAGACCACACCUCCGAUAACCCUUUCCUCCACUCCCACAGGGAUGACCAACGCUUGGUUAUUGGGAGAUGCCCCUCGGACCCUUACAAACACUCGUUGCCAUCCCAGGCGGUGAACGACAGCUAUCUUCGGUCGUCCUUGAGGUCAACGGCAUCGUACUGUUCCAGGGACAGUCGGGGCCACAAUGAUGUGUAUAUUUCGGAGCAUGUUAUGCCUUAUGCUGCAAAUAAGAAUAAUAUGUACUCUACCCCCAGGGUUUUAAAUUCCUGCAGCAAUAGACGCGUGUACAAGAAAAUGCCUAGUAUGGAAUCUGAUGUUUAAAACUCUUCCAUUACUGUUUUAUCUAUAGGGAAAUAUACGUAAUGGCCAGCGUUCUGGAGGGUAAAUGUUGGAUGUCCAAUAGUGCCCUGCUAAGAGGAAGAAGAUGUAGGGUGGUAUUUUUUUGUUGUUGUUGUUGUUGGCUCUUUUGCACAUGGCUUCAUGCCAUAAUCUUCCACUCAAGGAAUCUUGUGAGGUGUGUGCUGAGCAUGGCAGACACCAGAUAGGUGAGUCCUUAACCAAAAAUAACUAACUACGUAAGGGCAAGUCUCCGGGACAUGCCUACUGGGUAUGUUGGCAAUAAUGAUGCAUUGGAUGCCAAUGGUGAUGUUAUGAUUUCCUAUAUUCCAAAUUCCAUUAAGGUCAGUCCACCAUGUAAUUUUCUCAUCAGAAAUGCCUAAUGGUUUCUCUAAUACAGAAUAAGCAAUAUGGUAUGCAUGUAAACCUGACACAGACAAAAUAAAAACAGUUAAGAAUGCAUCUGCACUGUAGUGCGAUUGACACGUGCAGGAGAUUAGGAAGUUUGGCUCGUAACAGUUUCAGCUUUCUUGUUAUGCCUUCCAUCACAGCCCAGGCUCACCCCAAGAACUCCAGGCUCCCCCAAAGAAUAGCAAAUCAGUGUGUUCAUGGUGACUGUGCUACCUUCAUUAUGGUUCAUUUCUGAGACACAUCUGGAGCCAAAGGCCUGAGGGACCCUCAGGUGGAGAGAGCUACAGGAAUCUCUUUGGAUGUUGAUGUGUGUUUCUCUCACCCUCGGCUUCGAUGGUGUCGUUCAGAGCUGCAUAAACUAACACAUUUAUGUCUCCGAGAUCUAAGUGUGGAUCUUCUGUCUGUGACACAGUGGCCAUUGUAGUUUAUCCCGAAGACGCCUAUGUACGUAAGUUUGCAUUUCCUCCCUUCUGGUGAUGACUCAGGGUUGUAUAGUAUCUGUUACCCCUUCCCUCCCAGAGUAACCAUAACUCGUUCCGUUUCCAAACAGCCAUGGUGGUGUCCAAUUAGCUGUGUAUCACUCUUCCCAGAGUUGUUAAUGUGGUGACAUGCACCAACAGCCGUAUGUGUACUGUGAUCUGUAAGAAGUACAAUGCCAUCUGUCUGCCGAAGGCUAGCAUGGUUUCAGGUUUAUCUUCCUUCACAUCCAGAAAUUCUGUUGGACACUCACUUCCACCCCAACCUCCUCAAAUCAAUAAGCCUUCAAAACAUGAGGCACUCUUGGAUCUACCCUGAGUAUCCUCCAAACUGUGGAUAGAGUUUAGUGAGACAAGUGAUUUCUCCCUUCUGAGUUAUUCUCUCUGUUGGUGGCAAACCACUUCAUAGCACCAACAGAGAUAUAGGAAAAAUUCCUCAAAGCAUUUGUCAUUUCUGAGUCACCUGCAUUAUCCCAUUCUUAUUCUACUCAAACCCGUGCACAUACGACAUGAAAUGAUACCCAUUUUUUUUAAAGUUAGAGACAGAGAGGGGAACACUUAUGCACGGGGAGCCUGUUAGCACAGUGCCUGCCACAAAAAAAAGUGCCCCCGACAAGAUAGUUGCUAUGUUAUGACACUUUAUCAGAUCAGGAUUUUCUAGUUUAAAAAUUAAAUAUCAUAAAACCAGCAAAUAAUAUUAACUUUUUAUAUAGUUCUACUGUUAAUUAGUGUAUUUCAUGUACAUGAAUAUUUUUGAAGUAUUUGGGAUAACUAGCCAUCAGUGUUUGCAGAAGACCUCAGUCUGUUUCGGGCCAUUACGGAAACACUAAGCUAAUGUAGACUCGCCUGGCCAUUUCCUGGUUUCCUCCUGCAUUCUGCUUUACAUUCUUGAAGAAAGGGAUAAAGUGGCAGGUUGAAAAAUUAUCCCAUUUCUUCUCCUCAUGGUGUGCGUUCUGUUUUGUAAGUAUUAUUUUCUUGCAUGUGGGCAAGUGUCAGGGAUGAUUCUCUUAAAGCUCAAGGAUGCAUGGAAUAGCUCCGUCUUUGGGAAAGUACACCUGACCUACAGUGUUCCUAUAAUGAUGAAAAGUGGUUGCAAUAAAUUUCAGGGUCAGUGAUAGAGAGACAGAGGGAGGCAGUGGGUGAGAGGAGCUUCCUUUCAUUUUUGAAAGGAAGAAGGGGCUGACUAGGUGCUGGGGAUGCAUGUGCUUGAAAAUGACAUUUUAUUUCCCGGAUGCUGUACCUCUGCUGCCCCAAGACCCAGCCAUGGAGAAGCCUGGAUCGAAGGGCCUGGAAUAGUCACCCCAACUUCUGAUCCUAAAUCUAAAUUUCCAUGACUGUGUAGCCUUUUAGCCCUUUCUAUCUUCUGCCCUUCCAGUGCAUUCCAGACCUUUAUCCACCCCAGCAAGGAUCACCUCCAUUUCCUCAUGAGUCUGGGAUGUUUUGACAUGAAUGAAUUACAAAGCCUCUCCAGAAUACAGAACAGUGAUUUGUCGUUAAGCCAAAGAGGCUUUCUGUCUUCCUCUGGUGUCCUCUAAACCCAGGGGGCUGCCAAAUGCCACAGAGACCUCCAGGGAGAGUGAGAGUUAUACUUCGACUGACGUCAUCGGUCAGAAAGCCUUCCCCUAACAGCAGCAUUAUUUCUGCUAUUAACCCCAUACAUCUCUGGAUAAAGAAACUGAAAACGUGGCCUUUGGAAGAAUCAACAGUAAUGUUAUGAAAAAAAUCUAUGUUCUUUUCACUACCCAAAGUGUUUUUUAAAUAAAUAAUCAGAAAUUUUAUGCUACACAAAGUUUAUGGUUUCCCUUCUCUACUAAUUCACUGACUUUUCAAUGUGAUGAUCCCAAGCAGAAAAAAAAAAAAAAAAAUCAACUACUGAUCAGAUGGUCAAUUUCCAAGGAAAAGAUGAAGAGUUAUUCAAAGGUCAUCUAAGUCAGUUCAGUUUUUGCAAAAAGAAUAUCAGGAAUGUAACGUCCAGUGGUAAAUGGAACCCACAGUAUGAGAAGUAACAAGAAUUAAAUAGGAAGCCUGAGACUAUAGAUCCAUCACAGAAGAUUCCUGUAACAUAUCCUGGCUCUGAGAUCUUAGAUUUGUUGAUGGCAAGGAGCCCAAAUCUCUGAACACAAAUGCCUGAGUUUCAGCUGGCUUAAGUCAGAGCUGGCAUCCAUAUGAUAUUUUGUUAAUUCUAAUUGGUUUUCCCCACUUGAGAAGGACCCAACUGGUCCUCAGAUAGGUACACUUGAAUGCAAAUGGUUGGGUCUCUGUCCAUGGGUAAUAGCACGUACAUGCAACCAAUUUAAAAUACUCUGGGUAAGAGAGUCUUCUAGAUCAUAAACUGUACUUGAGAAACCUUUGUGCUUCUGGAAAAUGGGUUUCAUCAUCCUUAUAUCUGCAGGUUCUUAGGCCACUUAUGGUUUCAAUGCUCUGAGCUGGCAAGUCCCUAUAGGUCUAUCUUUCUACCAGGGAGACUUGCAGGAUUAUAAUCUCAUAAUCUCACCACUCAUUACUGUUAUGUCCUCUGCAAAUCUCUCUGCGUUAUUUUAGCCAGCACCAUGACUGGGCAUCCAUGGAUUACUCUUGAUUUUCUCUUCCCUGAUUCACAGGGUGCCAGAGAGUCUUAGUAUUUAACUUUUCUGGUGAAAGCAUUAAAAUUCACACAUUGCAGCAAAAUCUGUCAAAUCAUUUCACGCUUAUUUUCUGGGGAGAAAAAAAGAAAAUUACACCUUGUUUACAAAUGAAAUAGUUUCACUUAAAUGGGACUCUAGCCAAGGCAGUUAAUUAGUCAAAAGAUCCACGGCUGUCAUAUAGUCACACAUUGUUUAUCUAUUUGAUAUGUCGACCACUGAUGUGUAUUUAAUAUUCUGCAUCCUUCUCAGGAAAUGACAAAUGCCCUGAAUUAUUUGCAAAUAGAAUUGCUAAUGAAAAAGAAAAAAAAGUUGAUGUUAAUUAAAUGGUGAUUAAAAAUUUAUCUCCUUUAAAUCUAAAAAGUGCAGCUUUAAUAAUCAGUUGUCAUAUAAAUAAGUAUCUUGUACUGAAAUCCCUUGCGGUUUAAGACCUAAAUAAACACCAAUUUGAGAAAUCUAAAUACCUUACAGAGGAGCUGGAUAUAUUUGUUAACAUUAUGCACAUUCCUGUACUGUUUCUUUGUGCAUAGCUGUUGUGCAUGAAUCCUUGAAAAGGGGACAUGCGUUGUUUCUGAAAUGGAGCCUGUUUGUAUUAACCAUGGCUAUAGUAGACAUGAUUGGACUCAAAAAGAAGUUUGAGUAGGUGGAAGCUAAAUGUGUUGGCUGAUAUUUAAUGAGUGAAGGGUUCUAUGUAAAGGCAAUUUUCCUUCCAAAAGUACUGUUUAUUUUCACUGGAGACAAAAUUAGACCUUUCCGAGUACCCCAUCUCUUUUUGGUGAACAGCGUUGAAAGUGAUGUGGGGUCUAUACUUGAAAAGUUCUCCCAAUAUGCAGUUACCGUUUCCCAUUCAAUCCCUAUACAUUGUACUGUGUUCAUAUCUAAUUGUAUCAGAUGAGGUCAGCUUGCCACUUGAUAUAGAUCAGAGAUGAUCAAAUGCACUUAUCCUGUGAAUACAACUGCUUGUGUACACAUGUAUAUAAUAUACAUGCUUGAUUUCUACAAUUCACACGUAAGUGUAUUAUCCAAAUAAAAUUGUACAUAUUGUAAAGUUUAUGUUAAAAAUUAAAUGGUGAUGAUGGUAUUAACACAUGGAAAACCCAUUCUGGUUAUUUUUAUGGGAGGAUAUUUCUGUAGAGAGGGCACUAUAUUUUUUUAAUCUCAGUGGUAGGGAGGAUGACAGAGCCUAAGUAGAAUUCGGGUGUUGGCGUUCUUCUUGGCCCCUUCUUUAAAAAACAAAACUCUGGGAUGGGGGGUAUAGAAUAUAUUCUGCUUGCAUUUGCUUCUGAAGACAAUGCCGAUGUGGACUUGUGUGUGAUUUCCUUAAACACAUCAAAGGGCAUAGAUUUCCUAUUUAAAUUCCUUAUCCUCUUUCCUCACCUGCACUCUUUCUGUGCCCAGCAGUACUUUCAGUAUAGUAUUAGCUAGAAGUGCCUGCCCAGAAGGGUCUUAGAAAAAGAGUUUGUAGAACCACACCAAAAGUUAGGAGAAGGGGAGGAGAGAUGAGAAAAAUGAAGUUUACAAAUGGGCAGUCGCCUGUUUAAGAUCAUCAAGUUAGAGAGUAUCAGAGCGAGGAUUAGAUCCAAGACAUGGUUCAAUUUCUGGCUUGAUUCUCUGACCAGGCUGACUUAUUUCUAGGUUUCUUUCAAGGGGGCACUCCUGAAUACCUCUGGAAUAAGAGCCAGAGAUCCCCAUAAAGCUGCCUUGGCUUUUUUUUUUUUUCUUUUUUUGCCUCUUGCCCUAGAAAGACCUACCCAUGCUUCUUUGAAAUUUGGUUUUCCUUUAAACUCCCUCACAAUCCCUGUCUUAAAGUUCCUAGAAAACUUUUUUCAAAGACCGUCUCCUUAGGAAAAAUCAACAGGGAUAUUGUUUAAAACCUCAAACUGAAGAUAGAUAAAAGGUUGGCAGUGACCAUUGAAAUAAUUGAGUUCUAUGUACCAUGCAUUGAGGAAGAACCAAGCACAUUGACCAGCUAGUAGGAUUUCACUGAAUGUCCACUUUAUUUUGGAAGCCAGUUUGGGAUUGUGGGGGAAGGGAUGCAAAAUAAGUAGGAAAUAUAGUCUCUUCCUAUAAGUAGCUUAUGGUUUAGAAGUUCAGUUCUCUAAUACAAAGGAUAACCAAGGACCCAUGAAAUGCAAACAGAGACUAAACAGCAAAAAUUAGAAAUGACAACUAAAGUUGUAGCCAGGAAAAAAAAAUAAUCUCAUUCUAUGAGCAUACCUUUUUUUUUUUUAAAAAAAAAAAAAAAAAAAGUCCUUCCCUAAACCUUUAAGUAACUCUGGAGAAUAGAGUUAGUGCUUCCGGAAAUGUACUUGAUUUAUUUUAAUCUUCAAAUAACGUGCUUAGGAGACCCAGGAGCUGCUAACCAGGUGAACACACUCACACUCCUACAUUUUUGCACAGGAAGGCUUUGGUCUGGUUCCAACCAGUUCUCCAAUCCUUGCCAAAUCAUGCCUCUUCCCAGCCUUGCGUUAUGACAUGUGCCUCAAGAAAAGGUUGAAAACAUUCCCCAAAGGAUUAGAAGAUAGACCAUGAUGUAAAAAGACGAAGCAUUUCCCUAAAGCUUUUUUGUUUGGUUUUGUUUUUGACGUUUGAAGAACCCUUUUGAUAGACCAGGGUAUGAAUGUAUCAGGGAAGGGUAGAGGGAGAAUUCUUUAUCGAGUUCCAAGUGCCUACUAUUGUCGCUGACAAAAGAGAAAGCAUCAGGUUCCCUAGAGAGAAAAUGGGGCAAAGAGAUGGCAAAAGGAAUAUAGGUGUAUUUCAGGAAGGAUGGCGAGGUGGAGAGAGAGCUUUUGUCACUCUGUCCAUCCCAUUCUGUGCAUUCUUGGAAUGUUAUAUUUUCUGCUUACUGCAAGUACUUGCCGUGGAUCUGCACCUGAAUUUGAAAAUAUCAAAAUAUAUCUAAAUUGAGUGUAGGCGAUAUUCUAGGCAUAUCCUAGAAUGUGAUCCUCAAAAUAACCUUAAGAUAUAAAUAUGAUUGCUCCCAUUUUACAGAUAAGGAAACUGAGGCUCAGGUUUUUCUCAGCCUCAUCAGCAACUAGAAUUAGCUAGUAAAUCCCUAACGUUAGACAUAUUCUCAAAGUGCCUGGUCUCCUCCAGGGAGGUCAGAAUAGAA